GCCUUCGAUCUUCUCGCACGUCUCUGCUCUCGACGCCUCCCAGCACGCCACAGCUCACGAACUGCUAAAGUGGAGUGAACGCGGUUGAGUCUACGUGUGCUUCGCCCACUUCUUUAGGCGUAUUCUCGUCUCUGUUUGUUUUGCUGUUUUUUUUUCUGAGCUUUUUUUGGUAUUUGCUGUUUUUCUCCCCUGUUGCUGCAAUCAAACGGUGUUGUGUGCGUGUGUGUGUGUGUGGCAGGCAUUGAAGCCCUUUGAUUAAAAGCUGUGUGUGAGAGAGAGGAGAGGGGGAGAGAGAGGUUGUGUUCGGCAAACGCGCGUGUUUGUGCCUUCUUUGCUUGCGAUCUUCCUCACACUUUCUUCUUUUUUAUAAGUAUUUGUAACCUUCUAAAGUGCACCUCGUUUCUAAAAGAAAUUGCGUGAAAGAAAGAAGCGCCAAGGUGCUAGCAUGACCAACACAUCGAAGCUGCGGUGGGCGUUCUACGAGGAUGUCUACCAGCCCGCCCUAGUCUUCCCCGCCGAGGAGCUCGCCGACACGGCGCUCCCGCCAGGACACACCGUCGUGUACCUCCUCGGUCUCGACAGCAACGUCAUGGUGGCCGACGCCGCAGUCAGCGAGUACGACCCGCAUGAUACGGCAAAGAUGUCGAACCCCGCCGCGGCGCUCGGCGUGGCCAUGGCACAGCAGAUCCUAGAAGGGUUUCAGAGCAGCGGCAGUGGUGGUGAUGACGCUGGUGAUGCUGUCGGCGGUGCAGGUGACCGCCCGGACCUUUUGAAUGAGGAAGAAGACGGCGGUGGUGAUCACGACAGGGCGAGGGCAUCGGAUCUGCGUCUGCUGCUUGAGGAUGAUGGGGAUGACGAUGUUGACGACGAUGACGCACGUCGCCGCCGCCACGAGGAGAAGAAGCUUCGCAAGGAGGAAAAGCGUAGGGAGAAGGAGGCGAAGAGGGCGGCCAAGGCAGCGGCGAAGCGCGAGCGGGAGGACAUCACGUCUGCCCCCACGAUUCGGCACGGCGCCGACGUCAGCGCGAAUAGUGAAGACGACGAUAAUGAGCUGCUCGCGGCGAUGGCCAUUGAGCAGCGGUAUAACCACAACAGCAAGGUGAAGCCGGAGAAAGUAAAGGCAGCGGCGGACGGCGACGGCGAAGGCACGGACGAGCGGAAUGGGCAGAGCAGCAACCACAAAAAGGCGAAGAAGCCGCACGCAGGCGACUCCUGGGCCGCGCUGGAGGAAGAUUUGUUUUCCACCGACGACGAGGACGAAGUGGAGGAAGCGGAAGGCAACGGGGAAGGCGGUGACGCUGAUCGGCUCCGUCGCGGACACGAACCGCAUCGCCAUCCCCCCCGCAGCCUGCGCUCCGGCAACCGCAUGGGUCAGGCUCUGGCGGCCCUCAACGCGACGAGCGCCCUCCACGACGUCUCCGGCCUGUUCGGGUCCUGCCCCUACGCACAGCCUUUUCUGAUGGAGAUUCACUACGAGUACGAGCAGCUGGCACAGGAGGCGAGCAGCGAAGGUUUGCUGCUGACGCUGCAGAAGGGCGAAGUGGUACGCGCGAUUGACGACGAGCUGCGGCAGAGGGCCGCGCAGAGAGCAUUUCUCGAGGCAGCGCUGACCACCCGUCAGCACCACGCGUCGUCCGCCGCGGGGCAGAGCGAGGAGGACGCGUUGGACGAGGCCAUCGCGAAGUUGGAGGCGCCGCUGAGCGUCGCGGAGACCGUGCGGCGCCUCGUGGGCAAGCAGAUGCCGUCGAGGGCCAUCGCGUUCGAUCGCAUGGCGGCCGCGCGAGCUCGUCGUGCCGUGCAGAGGCGCACCCGCACCUUCCAGGAUGCGACGGUGGUCACCUUGGUUGAUCACCUGCGCAGCGUGGACGCGGCCCCCCGCGAGGACGGCGCCGAGGUCAUGCGCCGCUACAUCCUGCAGCGUCGUCAGCAUGAGGAGCUGAAGUCGAACUUCCGUGGACUGAGCAAAACCGGCUUCUACGCGGUGCCAAAGCCGAUGGAGAAAUGGCGCCGUGCACGGGAUAUGAUGAUGCUCGCGAACGUGGGGGCGGAGGCGCAGAAGGUGCUGCCGACCUCCUACAUCAGCCAGGCACACUCCACGAUGGUGCGGCGCAUGAAGGAGCACGCGGAGAAGCGCUACGACCGCAUGGCCGUCACCGCCCGCGAUGGGGCCUCGUUUCUCGAUAUAAACAGUUUUAGUGGGAACACGGCGUCCUCCUCGGCGCAGUUUGGCUCACCCUCGCCGGCGAUGAGCCACCAACAGCAGCAGCAACUUCAGCAGCAGCGGCUCGCCGCGUCGAGCGUGAUGCAGCGCCGCGAGGCUUUCUUUCAGUUCCACGCCCUCCGCUGCGACGCCGAGGCGCCCGUCACGGUGGAGACGGUGGCGCUCAACCCCGACUUUGCCGGUGCCGGUCUGUCACAGAACGUGCUGGCCUCCGUGGGCGAUCUCACGGCCAGCGUGGCCCCCGUCGAUGACGCUGGCGCCACGGGUCCGCACGCCGAGGAUGCCCUGCGCACCGACGACGACGCGUCGCAGGUCUCCUACUCCGCCCACAGCGCCGCACCGAGCUCCUACCCGUACGUCUUCGACAGCGAGCCGCGGCUGCGUCGUCCACACCGUCGGCAGCAGCAGCGGGGAGGCAGCAUGAGCGGGGCGUACUCCUCCGCUUCCGACGGCGCCUCCGUGGUGUCCUCACGCGCCACCUCGGUCGGGUCUGUCUUCAGCGAGCGCGACGGGGACGACGAUGGUGGCGUGAACGGAGAAAAGGUAAACGCCAACGGUGCGCGGCGCCACCGUCGUGGGGGGAGUGUGUCACGGAAGGCGAUGAACGGUUCGGCGAGCGCAACGGCUGGCGGCGGCGGCACCGCCGAUUGGCGCACGCGGGCGAAGCGCAGUAUUAUGGAACAGCUAACCUUGUACUGCCGCGGCCGUGGGGGCAGGCCGGCCAUCCUCAGCAGCGAUCAGUGCCGCGAGAUCGGUCGCACGCUGCUGGACCGUGCGAUGCGCGCCGAAGCCGAGCGGCAGGGGGUGUCGCUCGCGGUGCAGUCCAAUAACCUCGCCGCACCCUUCACCAAGACAACAGAACAGCGUCUGAAGAAGAGUGUGGAUCACUACCUGGAGCGUCGCAUGGCGCAGAACACGCUGCCGGUGCUCGCAUCUGGUGCGGAUGGUGGCCGGGCGGUGCAGAACGGUGUGCUGGGCACCGGGGAUCGCGGCGAGGGUGUCCUGCCGUUGUCGGGCGAGCCGGAAGUGCGGCCCUACGAUGCGGCCGCCGUGGCACGGCAGCGCGCUGUAGCGGAUACCCCCGUGUACGAGAACUAG